AUGGCACAAGCACUGGCGAUGGCACAGGCACCAUGGACCUUGAGGCAGGCCAGACACGUCUUCUCUACGACCUCCAUCCCAUGUCCUCCCAGUUCCAGCCCGGACCAGCUCAGUGCGCGCCAGGCUCGGGUUGGUUCAAUUGCGACGGAAGUAUGUGGUGGUGGUGGUGGUCUCAUUCCUUUCCCGUUUGUGUCUCUUGAUCGUUCCUCUACGGCGAAAGGAAUGCAACGCAGACACAGCCAACAAUGGGGUCCGACACAUUUCCACGUUUUGCCGCGUACAAGUUACAACAAGCUCUUCGGUGUAUUUGGGGUUGCAAGCUUCUGCCCUGCCGGCUCGAGAUCCAUCGGCAAUGCUACCGUGGAGCGGAUCACUAAACCAGAUCUGGCCAGUUUCGGCAGCUUCUUAUUUGGUGCUUCGACUCGCAGUCCGACAAAAGAGUGGAGGUGGCUGCUGCGAGAAGCUCCAGCCACCCAUUAUUGCUCACGACACACGCUGCUCUACUGGAUACCGUGGUCAAACCUCCCAGCCUCAUUUCCAGGGUCCAACAUGGAAAUUAUCGACGCAAACCAUAAUCGCACCUGCGAUGCUGCAUCUGGACUUGCUGUGGGGUUUGAGUCAGGCGUUGCCGGCAACCACGGCAACCCUUUUAAGCAACGGCAUAUCUAUUCAGAAGAAAAGAUAGGCACUUGGAAGCCCAUGAACUCGAACAGGAACACUCACAUCGGCAAACGCAUUUCGUUAUUUCGCCUCUACGGAAGAACUCCCAGAAUGCUACUCCGUCCUGCCCCUUUGCUUCGCUGCCUACAAAGUGGAACCGUGUCCCGAACAACGCAGCGGCUGACAUGCUCCGUGUCGCCCCAAACUCUCCAUCUCAUCUUUGCCUCCGACCCGGCCGCUCCGCCGCGAACAAGACACAUGCUGGCUGGAGCGCCGUCGUCGGCAUCGCUGAAAAGCGAAAAGGACAGAUGUCAUUCAUCUACCUUACCCAGCAAAGAACAUGAGCAUAGUGUUCUAUUCGCAUCGGCAAGUGCCACUACAGGGCAAGCCUACCUUAAUCAAGUCAUCGUGCCCUCAAAAUUGCCAGGUUCAGCGACUCAACUGUUCAUCACCCCUUCGAUUUUCAUGUGUUUAGAUGCGCCUGGAUACUUCAAACUUCAUCUACGCAGUACACAUUGUGCACGGAUGGCACAUGACGAUGAAUAUCUAAUAGACGGUCUAUGGUUCCAGAUGGACGCGAAUAGCAGGCUGAAUCGCCUUCCCUUUCAACAUCUCAUCUCGCUAGCCACGAUCCUGUCUAAAUUUGAGCCGAAUCCUCUGAGAACGCGACUUUUCACGUUGCAGUCUUAA